AAGACCCCGGAUGAUGACAUCACAGGACGUAGCAGCCAUUUUUGUUGAUGAGGAACCUCAAACUACUCUUCUCUGUUGCUGUCUAGCUCAUUUGGAUUAAAUUGGUGCUGUUAUCGCCAGCAGAACAAACUCAUUUAUAAAAAUGGCUGCUCCCUUAAACCCUCAGGCAGGCCCUGGUGGCCCACCGUCAGCAGGACCAGGUGGCCCAGGAAUGCAGCCUCCAAGAGAACAAAGUAAGCGCUUGCAGCAAACACAAGCCCAGGUCGAUGAGGUGGUUGACAUAAUGCGUGUCAAUGUUGAGAAAGUUCUAGAUAGAGAUCAGAAAAUUUCACAGCUUGAUGACAGAGCAGAGGCUCUGCAAGCAGGUGCAUCGCAAUUUGAGGCCAGUGCUGGCAAACUGAAACGAAAAUAUUGGUGGAAAAACUGUAAGAUGAUGAUAAUCUUGGGAGCCAUUAUUGGCAUUAUUGUCAUAAUUAUCAUUGUGUGGGUGACACAAGGCUAAGGUGUGGGUAGUGACGAGCACUGGAGGAAGCAAUAGUAGUAGCUCAGGAGGUCAGACACCAACACCAUUACCAGUAACAACCACUCACAACAAUAAAGCCUAGAUCUACAUAGUCACAGCUGGGAACAAGACACAGCUAAACUUAGGAAGAAACAUUUAUUAAAGAGUUAGUUUACACCUACAAGAAGUUUUUUUUUUCUUUUUUUUUUUUUUUUUGAAGUUUUUGGAUUCCUAGCAUUUUCGGACUUGUAAAUACAGCAAGUCAGACAUGUGGCAUAUGGUGAUAUAAGAACAAGUUGAUUAUUGCUUUCAUUACUUCCAGGUAUCUCCUCUUUUAUUUGUCAACAUGUGUAUCUGCCACCAUUCAAAUUCAGAAAUGUAUUGGACAUGAAUUAUGUGAUUUAAUCAUUUUGUAUUUAUCAAAGUAAUGUGUAUACACAUUUUUUUUUUCAUUUCACUUAUAUCAUUACCAUGUCAACAAAACUACACAAAUAUUUGAGAGAGAGAGAGAUUUGUGAUCUUUUUCUUUUUUAGUUAGGACUUUUAUAACAAGUUGUUAUAGUGAUCAGAAAAUAGAAUAUUCUGAUAUCUAUCAUGAAUCACCAAUUUGUUAUCACUGGUCAAUGUUAUGCCCACUGGUUUACUGAGGUGAGACAAGUGUAUGAAACAAGUUGCUGCUCCUUGGGAAAUAACAUUUUGUUAAUGAGUGGAUUAGUUUUUCAUCUUUCCACAUAAAAUACUUUAAAACUAAACAUCAUUUGUAACUAUAACAAAUAGAAUAAACAUUUGUAAUGAUUGUCACUAGUUGUUUUUUUUAUUUCUUAAGUUUACAUUUUUUGGGGGGCUAGAAAGAAAAGUCUAGUUAGUACACUGGCUGCAACUGUUCUAAUGUAUAUUAAAAUGAUUCGUUUCCCAUUUGAUGUACAUUUAAACAGAAGUGGGUUCUGAAAGGGACACAAGAUUGUUGUUUUAGAUGCAUUGUGUGCCAGUUUGAGGUGAUGUUACUUGCAGACUUAGGAGUCGAGCUUCACUAAUUCCCACCGCACUUUCGUAAUCCUUCCCUAAACCGAUCAGAUUGAUAAAAUCCUCAAGUGAUGAAGUUUGUAUUUAUUUUAUUUUGUAAAGAAGAAAUAUUCAAUAAAGUCUACUAGUAGCCAUGAAUUUGUUUUAUAAAUAUUUAUAUCCCUCAUGUUUGCUUUUUACAAUGUAAAUAAAAAGUGUACAUUAUCUUGUCAUUUGAUUUCCAUUAUUUUCUAUGGAUCUGUCUCCACGCAUUCAAUUUUUUUGCUUUUUUUUUUUUUGGUUGUUAACUCUUACGUUGGAGGCAUAAUAUUUUCUUCUUUAGUGGAUUAUUUGACUUUGAAUAACUUUUGAACACCAGAUUUCAAUUUAUGUGAAGAUUAAGCAAGGGCUUACAUGAAGAUUUUAGUCAUUUGUAAAUUAGGAAAUAAACAGUUGCAAUUUUGUUUAGUUUCCUUAGUGACAAAGUUAAAGUUUUAAAACAGUUUGGUAGAGAUACAGAUCAUUCAUUGGCUAGUCAUGAUUUAACAUUCCAGAUCAUGUCUUUGUUUCAUUUGGUACACAUGAUGUUUCCCCCCACCCCACCCUUUUUUUUUUCCCUUUUCAUCCUACUAAUUUGUGAAAUUCAUCUAUAAGUAAAGCUUUUUUUGUACUGUUGGCAAGACUAUGUGUGCAAUGCAUCAUAAAGUGAUCUUCCAUUACCCUGGAGAUCUCACUAAGAUGGUUACGUUGAACUCUUAAGCAACCCUCUGUUUGGUUCUACCCACUAUACAUCUCAUGACAUGAUCUAUUUCUAUGAUAUAAACAAAAAUCUGGCCUGGAGACAUGUUUAGGUCUAUUUCUAAAGAACUGGCUGUUUCAUAGAGGGAGGUUUUAUAAAGUGAAUAUGUUAGAACUACUUAAAGUAUUGUUUCAUUUCUGGUGGACUCUCUUUGUUAGUCCUUAAAUAAGCAGUAACACAUUAAGUUUGUAUGUCAGAUUUCCUUCAGAAAGUUUGGUUAUGAAUGUUUGUUUUAAUAAUUGACUUGCUGCUUUUGUAAUCAGGCAUUUAUUGGUUUCUUUUUUCAUUUAUUAGAGAUAAUUUCUAGUAUUGGUGUGUUAAGAAAUUUUGGUUAAGGUUGAUUUUUUUUUUUCCCUCUUAGAAUUAUGUAUUUUUUCUGUGAAUGGUGAAAUUAUGUCUUGUCUCAAUCCUUGUUUUUUAUUUUAAACCAGUCAUCUGGGUUUUUAUUUGUCUUUCAAUAUUGAUUUGCUGUCCAUGUAGUAAGCACUUGAACAUUGUUUCCUUUCUACUAGACUGGGUUCUGUGUGAAUACUACAGCUAGUGACAAACUUCUCUUGUCUAGUUACAGUAGCCCUAUAUAGGCUAUCUAGUUUUAACACAUUGAAAUGUUCUGUUUUGUGGGGGGCAGGGAUGAAUGCACCCUAUGACUAGUGUUUUUUUUGUUUUGAUACUUUCUCACUUUCAUGUGAUCAUUUCAAUUUCUCAUGUUUAUUUUGUGGCUCUUUUUUUGUGUUUCCAAAUGGUUUCGAUCAGAUUUGUCAUUUUCUCUGUUGUUUAUUAUUUGUGUAUUUUGUCAUUAAUGUAAGAAUAAAUUAGUAGACUAGCA